AUGUCUCGUAUGAUCUUGUCACCAUUUCAACUCUUGGAACUCAAUGUCAUUUCUGCACAAGAUCUCGCUAAGGUCUCCCGCAAGAUGAAAACCUAUGCAGUUGCAUGGGUCCAUCCUGACCGAAAACUUUCGACAAGAGUCGAUUCUGAAGGACAUAACAAUCCCACUUGGAAUGACAAGUGUGUUUUCCGUGUUGAUGACAGGUUCCUCCAUGGUGACACAUCUGCUGUCAUGAUUGAAAUCUACGCCCUGCAUUGGUUCCGUGACAUUCAUGUAGGCACCGUCCGCGUGAUUGUUGGGAACCUGAUUCCCCCGCCUCGUCCCCACCACCACAACCAAUUUCAGCUUGGCAUGCGCUUUGUUGCUCUCCAGGUCCGCCGACCAUCAGGACGCCCCCAGGGGAUUCUUAACAUCGGUGUGGCGCUUCUUGAUAGCUCAAUGCGAAGCAUGCCAUUGUAUUCCCAGCUUAGCCCAUCCGCCGUUGGGUAUCGUCAGCUUAUGGGUGAAGAGGACGUCAUAAAUCGUCAUAAAGAUGAUUCUGAUGAUAAAAGUAGUGAUAUUCGUUCCAAUCCCCUCUUGCUUCCUUGGGCUUCGAAACCUGAAUUAAGACGUACGAAGAGUGAUUCCAGUUCCAUGUUCGGGUCAAUAGUGAUGGCAAAGAGAAAAAUGAUGAUGAAAGGGAAGGGAAGUUCCAUGAUUAGUGGCUCAGAAGUGGAGGAGAGGAAGAUGCAGAAUAAAGGGAGAUCAAAAGCUAGUUCAAUGAUCAGCGGAUCAGAAUUGGUGAAGAAGAAUAAGAAAUGGAGGCCAAAAGCUAGUUCCUUGGUUAGUGGGUCAGAGAUCGUCAAGAAAGACGAAAAUAGUAAUUUGUUUUUUAGUGAUUCAGAGCUUAAUGGGGCAUUUGCAAAAUUCUCAUUAACCUCUGAAUCACUAACUAACGAAAAAACUGAUACCAAUUCAACAGAAUUGGAUAAAAUUCUGAAACCUUUACCAAAAUUUACCGGGUUGGAUCUUGGUUAUCCAUACAACAACUUCAGGUAUGCAACUCCGAAAAAGGACAAUUUUGUGAGUAGGCCAGUUAUUACCAAUUCAGAAUUGGGCCCAUCACCAUCAGAGGUGGCGGCAGCAAUGGCAAGAAACAAACAUCGUCGCGUGGAAGAGACAGAGAGUGAGAUAAUAGGUGAGAUGAGCUUGGAUGGCAGCAUGGAGGGUCUUCAAUCUAAACUGGAAAGAUGGAGAACAGAGCUUCCUCCAGUUUAUGAUGCUAGUGACAUCUCAAGUUAUCCUGCUAGUAGCAUUUCUAAAGGUGGCAGAGAUGUUAAACGACACAACCGCAGGCACACCGAUGAUGAUGGCACGUUUACUUGCUUCGGUAGAUUUUGUGGUUUGGAGUGUUCAAUUGUGUGUGGUGGCCCUCCCAGGAGGAAAAAGAUCGGGCAGGGGAAUCGGAGCUAUUCCAUGGGUGAUUUGAAGUACAAUAUUUAA